CAUGUAAAUUAAACAGGAAAUGUGAUUUAAAAGAAAUGACAACGAGUUCUAUUCAGGGAGAAAGUUAGCUGGUUACUGAGGUGGUGGAGAAAGAGAGGUAGAUAGGAGACUGUCUUGAUAAAAUAGCCACAGGUUCCAUGAUAGUCCUACUUCUGGGACCAAAAAAAGGAUUGGAUUAAAAACCGUGAAUCCUAGUUCUGAUCUCUAUGUUCGGCUCGCACGAUUAAAUAUGACCAUUUUUUGUGUGCAUCUUUAAUCCCCUCAUUGACUAGUGAUUUGUGGAAUUUGACCUGGUAAGAAAUCAAGACACUCCACGAAGAGAACAGAAUAUCGCUGGUGCAGAAUGUGGAUCUGGGCUCUGCUCCCAAUCUUCCUGGCCAUCUUUGCGGCAGGUGGCAUCUGGGCUGUGUUUUCCAUGGCGGUGGUGAAUGAGUCUGUGAACAUCACAGUGGAGUUCCCCUACAUCAGUGUCUGUGGUGCAGAGCCUCCUCAGAGUUGUCUCUUUGGCCAAGUCAUGAACAUCGGGGCAUUCCUAGUGACGUGGGUCUGUGUCAUCAGGUACCAGCAAGUGGUGGACUAUGGCUGCCAGUCCUCGCUGAACAUUGUCAGCUUGGUGACGGGCUGUCUGUGCGCCCUGGGCGGCUCUUUAGUGGGGAACUUCCAGGUGGUGUUGACCUACAGACUCAAGCCAAGGCACGGGGGCUGGUGGAUUGGGCCUGUGCGGAUAAUCUCCAACCUCACGUGCACAGUCUGCCUCAUCUUGUUGGUGCCCUUGCACCUCUGGGAAUUACGGACUGAGGCGGCCAUUUGCGAGUGGGUGGCGGGGAUGGUCCUCUUGUUCCUCUUCGGGCUCUUCGCCGUGGACUUUGGGCAUAUCGAUGGGCAUUUCUUCCACAUCAUGCGGGAGAAGACGGCCAUGCAGAAUUCGACCACCAGGCUCGAGCUGUAGCAGCGACAGCAGCGUCAGACCGGGAUUCCCAUGUUCAAUCGGGAUCACCCUCAGUGGUUAGUGAAGUGCCUCAGGAUAUUUCACCACGUUCCCUUGCAAGACAUUUUACAUCACUGACUUGGAGUCACCUUUCGGCCUUGGAGGACAUUUUACCACACUCCCUUGAAGGACAUUUCACCAUGCUCCCUUGAAACAUGGUGAUAUUUACCAUGGCAGCUUGGUGCAACUCAGGGCAUUUCACCACGCUCCCUCGAAAGACAUGUUUACCACGGUGCCUUAGCAAUUCAGGAUAUUCUGCCAUAUCCCCUGAAACAUUUUACCACUUCAAGGGUGCUACACAAAUGCAGGUUACCAGAGUGAGAAAAUUAAUUCAAUCAGGAUUAGUUUAUAUAACUGAAGUGGAUCUAAAAAGUAGGAAAAAUAAGAGUCUUAUCAUUUCCAUUCUUAUUUUUAUUUCAAGUCCAAUUUGAGUUUAUUGUUAUUGUACACACAUGUAUGGAUAGGUGCAACAGAAACUUAACUUGCACCAGGUAGACAGCAUUGACAGCAAAACACAUUUUUCUUAAUUUUUACAAGAAUGAACAUAUUUAGAAUAGAAUGAAGUCCAUUCUAGUGCAAGGUGGUGAAAAUGGUCAGAGUUUGGUUAGGGUUGCACAGGUUAGUUCAAGAACCGAGGGAAGUGGCCAUUCCUGAAGCUGGUGGCCUGUACUCCCUGUGCAAUGGUAGCUGUGAGAAGAUGGUACAGCCUGGAUGGGGGAGAUCUUUGAUAACAAACGGUGGCUUCUUGAGGCACCAGUUCAUAGAGCUACACCGGUGGUGUGACUGAUGUGUGCUGACUGACAUUAACACUGUAGAUCAACCAGCGAAUGGUCUAGCAUACAUCAAAGGCUGAAUGGCUUUCUCUGCCUUCUACUUUCCAGGAGGGAGUAGAUCUACCCAACCAGCAGAUUUGGAGUAACACCAAUGGUCAGGGAAAUGAAGAAUUACUCUCUGCCUGUUGUAACCUCCUGUCCCUUUGUGUGACUGAAUGUUCCUUAACAGGGCAAUGUGUAACUGGUUGUAGGACAAGAGGGGAAUUGUGGAAAGAUGUUCUCUCUGGGGGUGAACACAAGGGAUUCUGCAAAUGCUGGAAAACCAGAGUAACACAUAAAGAAUGCUGGUGGAACUCAGCAUCUCUUGAGAGGAAAAGAGAGCUGAUGUUUUGAGCCGAGACCUUGAUAAUGAUCCUGCAUCAAGGUCUUGGCCUGAAUUGUAGACUCCCCACAGCUGCUGCCUGACCUGCUGAGUUCCUCCAGCAUUUUGUGUGUGUUUUCUCCAGAGGGGGCUGGGGUUUUGGAAUUUAAUGGCUCUGGGGUGGGAGAAACAGAGAGCUUGUCAAACCCUUUGUCAAAUGUAAACAGUCGUGGCAUGGGGAGACAUUACCCUUUCUCCAGCCCCUUGUCAAACAUAAACAGUCUUGGCAUGGGGAGACAUUACCCUUUCUUCAGCCCCUUGUCAAACAUAAACAGUCUUGGCGUGGGGAGAUAUCACCCUGUCUCCUGCCCCUUAUCAAACAUAAACAGUCUUG